CCUACCUUUAAGUGAUAAAUUCAUAUUUUCAGAUGUUUCAGAGAGCAAAAUAGUAUCCAAUAUAUACUGAAUAUAUAUAGCGUUUUAUACGAACUUGAAGAGACAACUUCGUUUAACAUUUGAUUAAAGAGUGUCUUAUAUAAGAGAUUACUGAUUUGCAAUUAUGGCAAACUCAUUCUUCAAUACUGAACUUUUAUUUAUUUCUUUUGUUGCCAUUCUCUUUAUCAUUCUCCCAGUUAAUAGUAAAGACGAAGCUGAAUGUGAAGUUUGCUUAAAGUUUUUGACAAAGUUUCAAGACACCUUAAGUAAAGAAGGCAUUAGUGAUCUAAAAUCUAUUGAUGAGAAACUGAGAGAAGUUUGCAAAAAAGCAAGAGGAAAAGAGAACAGAUUUUGCUACUACAUUGGAGGGACUGAAGAUGCUGCAACUGGGUUGUUACAAGAAGUCACAAAGCCUUGCAGCUACCACUUGCCACCACAGAAAAUUUGUGAAAAAUUAAAAAAGAAAGACGCGCAAAUUUGUGAACUUCGAUAUGAGAAACAAAUUGAUUGGAAAAAUGUAAACUUGAACAAGAUGCGCGUUAAGCAAUUGAAGAAAAUCCUUAUGGAUUGGGGUGAAGAAUGUAAAGGUUGUUUAGAAAAACAAGAGUUUGUCGAUCGUGUCAAAGAACUUAUUCCACAAUAUGUCAAAGAUGAAUUGUAGACCAGUUGUUUUUUUGUUAAUUUUUCUUUAAGUUAGGCAAGUUUAUAUCACACUACUGAUAUACUGUAUUAUGUGUUGAUAAACGUAACAACUGUAAUUGCUUUUUAAGCUGCUUAUAACAAAUACAACUUCAUUCCAUACGCAGCUAUUUCUUUCAUUUUAAAAAUCCUGCAGUAAAUCAUAACUUUUUACAACGAUCAUACGCUACAUUACUAUUUGGCUGAGUUGGAGAUAUUAUUAUUAAACACUUUGGUUGUUUUAUUGUGUUUUUAGUUUCAUUUUUGGUUACGCUGGAAGAAAUUGUGAAAUGAACUUAA